AUGUUAGCCUCGUAUCUACAAGUUUCGAAAUCUGGCCCCAAGGUCUUCGGCCUCAUCCUCGUGCUGUCGCGGGCUUGUGUGCAGGCCAGUAACGCUCAAAGCGAAAUUAUCCUGGACGAACUAACGGAACACCGAAGCACCUGGGAUGUAAUCUUCAGCUGCAUCGCAACAGUUUUCGCUUGCACCUGGAUCGCUGUACAUCCAAACGUUCCGGGUCCCGAUCUCAAAUCUCGCGGCUGGGUUUUCAUCGGACUUCACCGAUUGAAGCUCAUGGUCAUAGCUAUCAUCGCCCCCGAAGUUAUAAUCAUCUGGGCUUUUCGUCAAUGGAUGGUAGCGUCGAUAAUCUCUAAACACUUCGGCUUGACAAAGACACAUGGAUUUUUCAUAAGCAUGGGCGGAUUCAUUGGUGCUGGUGGAACCCCCAUAAAAAUUGCAGAUCUUUUGCAGCUCGACGGUCUAGCACUUUUCCAGAAAUCAUUUUCGGUUCGCCCCGAUUUAGACAUGUCGUCGAUAUCCAACAUCACCGAGGAAGAGCUACAGGAUCGCAGCAAAGGCGAUGCUCUAUCGAAGCUCGUCGCCGUUGUUCAGACAACCUGGUUCGUCGUCCAGUAUCUUUCCCGGUUCCAAGAAUCCCUUCCCGUCACCCAACUAGAGACCGCGACUCUGGCUUUCGCGGUCUUGAACAUCUUCAACUACGUCUUAUGGUGGCACAAACCACUCGAUAGAGAUUUCUACGAAAGCACAUUGGCCCACGCAGGCAUUUAUCACUCAACAGAGCACCACAUGACAACGAGUCGCCACGCAGCUCCUUGUUGCCUAGCUUGCUUCACCCUCUCCAUAACACUAGUCUCAGACGUCCACCGUUUUCCAUUCUUUGAUUACACCUAUACCGACGCACACCAAUGGUUUUCUUACGCCACAUACGGGCGCUUUACCACGGCGGCCUUCCAAUCCAUACUCCAGUGGUAUCGCCGGACCAUGGGAAGGAUAUUGUUUGGGCGUGGGUGGAGUAGUGCCUACGGUAGUGUACCAACCCUUUGGGCUGGUACACUGGAUUAUGAGAGGACAUGGUACAUCGGAUACUUUGGUGCAGCUGUCGGAGCACUCUUCGGUGGCACACACUGCAUCGCCUGGUCCUCCGUCUUCGCUUCUGAUACCGAGCGCAUCCUUUGGCGGAUAUCGUCGCUCGUUGUGACUGCGGUUCCUGUUGCCUUGGCGAUGCAACUUGCGUUCAUCAGGAUACUACCUAAUAGGAAGAUUGUACGCGGUAUCCAAGCGACUACGCCUCUCUUAAUACUCCUAUAUCUCCUCGCGAGGAUGACGUUGUUGGUGGAGGCUUUCUUUUCCCUCAGAUUCCUCCAGCCUGGCGUCCUUGAGGAGGUUAGCUGGACGAAGUUUAUUCCCCAUCUGUAA